UUUUUUUUAAAUUUUCAUCGCCGCCAUGGGAUGUACCCUGAGCGCCGAGGAAAGAGCCGCCCUGGAGCGGAGCAAGGCCAUCGAGAAGAACCUGAAGGAGGACGGGAUCAGCGCCGCCAAAGACGUGAAACUCCUCCUGCUCGGGGCCGGAGAGUCGGGGAAAAGCACCAUCGUGAAGCAAAUGAAGAUCAUCCACGAGGAUGGCUUCUCUGGAGAAGACGUGAAGCAGUACAAGCCAGUGGUCUACAGCAACACCAUACAGUCACUGGCAGCUAUUGUACGUGCCAUGGACACCUUGGGCAUCGAAUACGCGCGCACCUCCUGUGCAGGUGAAGGCAGGAUGGCGUUUGGGCUUGCCGAGAGUGUGAGUGAGGGGGAGAAGCCCUUCUCUCCAGAGCUGCUGUCAGCUAUGAUGAGACUCUGGGCAGACUCUGGGAUCCAAGAAUGCUUCAACCGGUCCCGGGAAUAUCAACUUAAUGACUCUGCCCAAUACUACCUAGACAGCUUAGAUCGAAUCGGAGCUGCCGACUACCAGCCCACGGAGCAGGAUAUCCUCCGAACCAGGGUCAAAACAACUGGCAUCGUAGAAACCCACUUCACGUUCAAAAACCUCCACUUCAGGCUCUUUGAUGUCGGGGGCCAGCGGUCAGAACGCAAGAAGUGGAUUCACUGCUUUGAGGAUGUCACAGCGAUCAUUUUCUGCGUCGCGCUGAGUGGCUACGACCAGGUGCUCCAUGAAGACGAAACCACGAACCGCAUGCACGAAUCACUGAAGCUUUUUGACAGCAUCUGCAACAACAAAUGGUUCACAGAUACGUCUAUCAUCCUCUUUCUAAACAAGAAGGACAUAUUUGAGGAGAAAAUUAAGAAAUCUCCACUGACUAUCUGCUUUCCUGAGUAUACAGGCCCCAACUCUUUCACGGAGGCGGUGGCUUACAUCCAGGCUCAGUACGAGAGCAAGAACAAGUCCCCCAACAAGGAGAUCUACACGCACAUCACCUGCGCCACCGACACCAACAACAUCCAGUUCGUCUUCGACGCCGUCACGGAUGUCAUCAUCGCCAACAACCUGCGGGGAUGCGGACUCUACUAAAGCCCUCCCCUCCCCUCCUCUCCUUGCGCCCGCUGGGAGCAUCCUCCGAUCCCACGGACAGGUCCUCUCUCUUUCUUGUUUUUUUCCUCCUCAGAAGAUGAUGAGGAAGAAACACGUAAAUCCCUCCUCCUGUCCCAGAAAACUUUGCAGCAAGUUCUGCUUUCCCCAGCCCCAUUUUAUUUUAUUUUGGUUUAUUUUUGGUUCAUUCCCUUGCUGACUUGUUCUACUCCUCCGUUCCAAUUCACAGCGCUGUAGAGGGAGCUAACGCGUUUCCCCACAGAGCGCAUUUCAAUUGCCAAAAGACAAAAAUACUUCAGUUUUAAAAAAAGAAAAAAUCAAAGCCUUAAAAUACUGGUCAGCAACAGUGUAGUUUGGAACCAAAACUUUUUUUUUUUCCUUGAAAUUAAGGGAUAUUUUUAAUUCUCCUGGUUAUUUAUCUUUUUUUUAAAACACUAUUCCUUUGGGAAGUGCUAGAUACAACAUGAUCAUUUUGAGGGUACCUUACCGCUCCAGUUCCUACCCCAAAGCCGGAGGGGUCGGCGUUGAACGCAGCCGCCGCAGCUUGGAUUUGUAUAUUCUCCUUUUUUCCAGACAGCUAUUUGAACAAGUAAAACAGCCAUAUCGAGUUCUGCUGGUGUCUGAGUAAGAGGGACACAGUAACAAAACCUACUAAGCCUUGUCUAAAAGCAUUCGUUACCGGUAACAGUUUUACCUCCAGUUUUUCAAAAUUAAUGUUAAAAUAUGCCUAG